CUGGGUGCAUCAAUUCUCAGAAAAAGACACCAGAAAUGAACCAUUCUAUUUGAACACUGUCAAAGCAUCGAUAUACCCAUGAUGAACUUGGUAAAGCUUUUGAGAUAUGCAACAUUCUAUAACCUUGAUGCCACUGCACUGGAAUUGCCCUACAAAGACUCUGACUUGUCUCUACUGAUCGUGUUGCCUAAUAGAAAGACAGGUUUGUCACAACUGGAGAGGAAGCUUCGCAUUAUUCCGCUUAGCCAGAUUACGGAAAAGCUAUACUCGACCGACGUAAUUGUCAAGCUGCCAAAGUUCAAGUCCGAAUACGAGGUGGAGUUGACAAAAACUUUUGAGCAGCUGGGAAUGUCCGAAAUGUUCUCGAAUAAUGCUGAUUUUAGUAGAAUGAUCACAAGUCCGGAGCAGUUAAAAGUGUCGAAAAUCAUUCACAAGGCUGUUAUCGACGUGAAUGAAAGGGGCACUGAGGCAGCUGCAGCCACAGUAACAAACAUUUAUAGCAGAGCUGCCAAGCACCCACAGGAGCCCAAUCGAUUCUACGCAGACCAUCCAUUUAACUACUAUAUCAUCAAUAAGCAGAGCAUUGUGCUCUUUGCUGGGAAGUUAAUUAACCCUUAAAUUAAGAGGGAAUCUAUUUCAUAAUGUAUUUGUCUAUUAGUUAAAACAAUUUAAAAACCUUCAAUUUAUAAUAUUUUACUUAUUACAUACUAUAUAUAAAACAUAUAAUUCAGUGCCAAAUAAAUUUAAUUUUA